AUGACAACGUGGUUGCCAACCGACGUUUUUUCUAUAUGCGCGGAAUAUCCAGCGCCGAUAUUAUCAUGUUCUCCCGCUGCAUAUAUGUAUUUGUCUCUAGUUAUCAGAUUAUUUGGUGGAGUAAAUUAUAGUGUUAAUUAUCCCACACGGAAUCCCUACUCGAGUGUUCAAUAUACGCAUUCGUCCUCAAUUAAUAAAAACCCAUUGAGCAGUUCUCUGUCUGAAUAUUAUCCGGGUCCAUAUGUGAACCAGGCCUAUUCCCAGUUAAAUUACAAUUCAUAUCCAUAUGAUACGCAUUUUGAUCGCAGUUUUAAUUACAAUCCUUUCCAAACAUUUGACUCAAUUGGAGGAGAAUCAAAAGUAGAAAUAAAAAAGGAAAAAACCAAAGGAAGGGAUGGAGGAAAAUCAAGAAGGAAAAGGAAUUCUAAAGAAUAUGAUUUUAUUAUUGUCGGAGCUGGAUCGGCGGGCUGUGUGUUGGCGAAUAGAUUGUCAGAAGUCAAAAAAUGGAGGGUGCUCUUGUUGGAGGCCGGUCCUGAGGAACCAGAUGUAACGAUGGUGCCUUCAUUAGCAACAAUUCUAAGACAAUCUUCUAUUGACUGGCGGUAUGAAACACAACCGGAACCCUUGACUUGUAGGUCGUAUAGAGGAGGAUCCUGUCCAUGGACUAGAGGUAAAACAAUGGGUGGUUCCAGCGCGAUAAACUAUUUAGUUUACAUGAGAGGUAACAAAUAUGAUUAUGAUAACUGGGCUAAUUUAGGAAACCCUGGCUGGAGUUAUAGUGAGUUGCUGCCUUACUUUAGAAAAUCUGAAAACAACCGUGAUGUUGAAUCUUAUGACAAUUACCUUCAUGGAGUAGGAGGACCUAUCACUGUGGAGAGAUUUCCAUAUCUUGACAUCAAUACUGCUAAAUUAGUUGCAGCAUUUCAAGAGAAAGGGCUUCCAUUAAUAGAUUUGACGUCAGAAAAUAACUUGGGUACAAAUAUAGGACUAUCAACCUCCAGAGAUGGGCGAAGGAUGUCUAUAAAUGUGGCAUAUAUCAAGCCUAUACGUGAUGUUAGACCAAACAUUGAUAUAAUUGUCAACGCAUUUGCUACUACACUAAUAAUAGACCCCCAAACAAAAAUGGUUCUCGGAGUUACAUAUAUAAAAGAUGGUGUAACUUAUAACGUUUUUGCAAAGAAGGAAGUAAUAGUAAGUGCCGGGACAAUAAAUUCACCAAAAUUACUUAUGCUUUCUGGGAUAGGCCCAAAAGAGCAUUUGUACAGCUUGAAUAUACCAGUAAUAUCGGAUUUGGCAGUUGGCCAAAAUUUACAAGAUCACACAACCACUGACGGAUUAAUUAUUGCUUUAUCAAAUAAGACAUCUACUUUAGUAAGUAAUGAAAAAGUCCUUAACGAACUACAGAAUUACCACCAACAACAGCCUAAAAAAGAUGGACCUUUGGCGACAACUAAUACUCUUAAUGCCAUUGCUUUUAUCAAAACUAAAUAUGCAGCUGUAAAUGCACCAGAUAUACAAUUUCAUUUCGAUGGAAGAAAUGUUGAAGACUUUUACGCAGAUCCUCAAACAUACUUGGAAACCAGCAUUUGGCCUUUGGCUUUUUACAAUGGUUUAUCAGCACGACCACUUCUCCUAACUCCCAAAAGUAGAGGAGUUAUUUUACUAAACCAAACUGAUCCUAUCUUUGGCCCACCUUUAAUAUAUCCACGCUUUUUCACAGUUAAGGAAGACUUAGAUGCGUUAAUCGAAGGAUUACGUUUCGCUGUAAGUUUAGAAGAAACUGAAACGUUUAAAAGCAUCGGUGCACAUUUUGUCAGAGUUCCUAUUAAGAAUUGUGAAAAUCAUAUUUGGGGUUCUUAUAAUUAUUUUGCGUGUUUACUUAUCGAGUAUACUUCAACAAUUUACCACCCAGUUGGUACUUGUAAGAUGGGUCCCGCUUGGGACAAAGAUGCUGUUGUUGACUCAAGAUUACGAGUGUAUGGAGUUAAACGAUUAAGAGUAAUUGACGCAUCUAUAAUGCCAGAAAUAGUUAGAGGGAAUACAAAUAUCCCAACUGUUACAAUAGCAGAACGUGCAUCAGAUAUGAUAAAAGAAGAAUAUUUGACAAAACAGUUUACAGUUUGA